UCUGUUGCUUUUCAGGGCGUAAUAGUGACAGAAGUUGUUUGGACUGUCCGAAAAGGGAACGCUUUUUUUUUUUAGGUUCGAACUAUUAAAAACGGUAAAUAAGAAUUUCGCUAGCCUAAGUUACUGGAGCGGAGAAACUUAGCUAAGGUCAGUUAUAAUAUAUCUUGAAUCAUCUGCCUUUGUUUCUCAGUCAUAUGAAAGGGGUACCAUUUUCUAUGGAAGGUAUAUAUCUGAAAGGGUUACCUUUCUGUGAAAAUGGUUGAUUUACAACGAAAAGGGUUUGCACGCGGCCCCUUAGAGCGGAAAAUUCCCCGUAUAAACCCCACGGGGCUAGUCACGGCUGCCGAUACCUCUGUUUGUUUGUUUGUUUGUUUGUUUCAGUUUGUAAGGAAGUAAGUAAAGUAGUAAGUACUUUAUUUAGACACAUUUCACCAGUGAGCCUGCUCGUUUAAAUGUGAACGUGUAUGCUAAAAUUAAAAUGCAAAAUUUUAGUCUGUUAUCUAUUCAAUAACAUAUUGUUUGUUUUUUGAUUCUCUUCUUUUGUCUCCUUCAGUCUUUGAAUCUUUCAGUGACGCCCACCGCUUCAUAAAGAUUAUCUCUUGUGAUGAUCAUUUUCAACUCUCUCUACGCCCUUUUUCCGGGUGCAGAAAACCGGUAGCCGAUCCUCUAGUAUAGCCUUCUAUGAAUAAUUUUGUAGCCGUUAUUAGGGUCGUAACACAACGCUUCUCCCCAACAGUACUACAAGGCGUCUGCGUGGGGGGCUAAUCCUCCGCAGGCCACUGAUAGAAUUAAAAAUAUCCUGCCUUCCGGCAUUUAAGCCCUCCACGGUGCAGUCUUUUUCUUGUAGACUCGCCACGCCCUCGACAGCGCCAAGAGAGCUAAAAGAAUAUACCACAGCCAGACCGAAAAGGAACCCACAAAAGAAUUAUGUUCUAAACACUGCAUUUCCUAGUUCACACGUUGUACAAAACACUACUUAGAACGAUUUCUCAUUCGCUCGGUACUUGAGCAUGAGGUACUUAACGGUAAUUUGAAACUAACCGCGGUAGCACAAAGGACGUACAGAGGGGAUCCCUGCUAAGUAGGAAAUGCGUCACGUGUUGAAAAAGCCUUAUAUGAACAAAAUGGCGGACGAGGAGCUAUGCCGGUCGGACAACUCACGUUGUGGUUUGGGCGUUAAAGUGCAAGAUGUCACUUGGUUUCCUGAAGACAUUGUUCCCAUAGAAAGAGAAUUACCAAAACGCUUAUUUUUAACUACGAGACAGAAAGAACUAAGGAAGUUUGGCGAAGCUUUGUUGAAAUUCCGAAAUGGGUUGGAACUUUCUUGCCUCGCUUGUCAAAUACUGGAACAUCUUUUCUGUAGUUUUUGUGGCAGUUCACGGAUCAUCACCGAAAGUUUUAAGUGUAACACGUUCAAGGGACAAAGGAGAUUCUUUCGAGGUGAACGUGGAGUCUUUUAGUUGCGCGACAUCAUGUGAACAGUAUGGCGCCGUUUCUCGUGGAGUAAAUGGCGGCGCGGGUAGUGGUUGUUCUUGCCAUUGCGCCAACAAAACAAAACCUACUUUUUACAGAACGCACUCCGGACAGCAUGGCUGUGUCAAAGACAGAGAUGUUUUGACGGAUACACGGGGAAAUAUCUGUGACUUCUACACUAGCAGUGCCCAGCAACUGCAGGUUCUCAAUCUUCAUGUGAAAGGAAAUUCAAAAUUGAAACCAGAUGGCUUCUGUGAUGAAGUGCAAAUUUCCAGUUGGAAAUUUUAUUUCAAUACAUCAUGGACGUUCUCUAAAUCUGACAUCUUUUAUGCCAAGUCCUACAACGAAGGGAUAACAUUCUUAUUUUGGGAGGAUCAGAUGGAUUCAUUUUAUGAAGGACUCCUUAUAAAAGUUAUCAUUCGCUGCACUUAUCAUGGAAAAACAGAUGAUCGUUGCCUCAUGCUGAAGGCUCAAGGAACACAUCGAUAUUCAGAUUCAGAUUUUGUGAUUCAAAACGAUAUGCCAAGCAAGCCUCCCUCUUCAGUUUCAGUUCCAACAGAGAAAAACAAGAACGUUCAGAAAUCAUCAGUUGCACUGGUAGAAUCCAUAAAAUUUAAUGCCGAUCCUGUGCCAACUGGCGAUUACUCCCAAGCUAAUGACAAACAGAUCUGGAUUGCAGUGUCUUUGGGUCUGGCUGGUGUUAUUCUUAUUGUCAUCAUUGUAAUCACUGUAUUCCUUGUGCUGAAAUGCCGCAGGAAUUGCAAACAGAAAAGGAGAGGCUCGACUCAUCACCAUCCUACUGAACAGCCAGCCACGCCGGCAGUGUGUUCUUCCCUGCAUGACUAUGAGUAUGUUCACUAUCCAUGCCUUGUUGAUGGUGUUAGGACACGACCUGUCACACCAAAGGGUAAUCCUAUGUAUGAAAGAGGAAAAGAUAAUAAACUUAUCAUCUGGACACCAGGUCACAGUGGAACCCUUACCAGACCCAACGACCAAUCAGCAGACCCCACCGCACCACGUCUUCCUUACCAGCGGCUCCUGACACGAACGUCUUCCUCCUCGCCUGAGUGUAGUGGAGCAAUAACGCCUGUCAGUCCCCUUGGAGUGCAGGAAGGCUUCCCCUAUCAGAAACUGGUCAGGACGCUGCCAUCCCUGAGGAGGGAUCAACAGGGCUGUGUUCGUCCAGAAGAGUCGGCAGCAGUCAGUAUGAGUUCUCCGGACGUGGAAGAAAGUUUACCUUAUCAGAGGCUGUUUAGGUCAAUGCCUUCCCUUCGGAGGGAGGAACAAGGGCGUGGUGAUACAGAGGAAUCGGCAGCAGGCUUGAAUGGAGAGGAAGGCCCUACUAAGGCAUAUCAGUCUUUGUCCCUGCAAAGAAAUCCACUGUACUCUUUAAAAGAAUGUGAUGGAUAUGCGAAAGUUGACGCACCAUCGCGCCCUGAGAGCAUGGAAUAUGAUUAUGCCCGUGUUUCCGUGGAGCUCGAUCCUGUAGAACUCAAUAAACUCUUCCGUGGCUUGCAAAAUGAGUCACAAGAAAUGCCACGAGCUUCUUUGGAAAUUUCUAUUGGCGAUCUCGACAACACAGCUUCAACCCCGAAUACUGAUCAUAAGCGGAGUUCUGGGGGUAGCGAAAAGUCUUCUGUGUCUUCAUGUAGUGGUGGUUAUGAAAAUUGUUUGUGUAAGGACAUCACGAAAAGAAACAGCUCGAAGGGUGCGGAUGAGGACGUUGAAGGUGUGAAACCAAAGGAUAUUCGAUACGCGACUUCAUAUGAGGAUUUAUCAGGGGGUUGUCGCGUAGAUCCCGAGGAAUAUAUUGAAAUGGGAAAGAGGAGAAGUACACUGAUUGCCGAGAGUCAUGAUUCAACUGAUCAUGAGGUCGAAGACAGUGGACACGAGUACUUUGUGCUUGAACGUGUGAUUGAGUUCAGUGAAGGUGAAACUGUUGAUGAGUCUUGAAUAGUGUGAAAUGUGGACGAGAAGUCUUGUGUGUCACUGAUUUUUUCUGCAGCAUGCUUAGGUGUUCUUUGUUUCCAUCUGCUGCGCGAUGUACAAAAAAAAUAUUUCCUGUGAAGGAAACAGAUUGAAGUUAUGUUAAAUGAUCAACAAUUUCAAUGUGAAAAGAAUGAUAUGUAUGUACAUAUAUUCACUAUACACUUAUUUUCCUGUAAACAAAUUAACGAUAGCCAUGUUUGUUCCAUGUUGUUUUGUAUAGUUCAGAAUUAUUUAUUUUAACGUUAACAGUUAUUAUUAUUUUAAUUUACUGUAAAAUUUAAGAUUGUUAGUAUUCAUUAUUCGUAAGGUGUAUUUUUUAUUAACGAUUUUCAUAUACCACCUGUACAGGGCUUAUUUUAAGUGGCUACGACUUACAUAUGGUUUCCAUUUUAUAACAUUAUAUUGUGAUCAGACACUUGAUUAUAUAACGACUUUGAAGCUGCAUUUGUGCUUUAUCUGUAACGUCGAAAAACGUUCCACAUCCAAUGUGUUGCUUUGGGUCUAAAUUGUUUCAACACAACAUCCAUUCAAAAUAUAUGUGCCCAAACAUUUUUAGAUCACUAAGUUUCUCUCGAUAAUGUAGACAAAUUGUAUGGAUAGGCUAUUUUAAUAGUUUCUCAUAUGGGAAUUGGUAUUGAUAUAGAGUCGAUGACUUGUGUAUCGAGAGGGUUCAUGUGCAUUUCUCGUAGUAGCCUCUUCCAGGCGUUCAGAUAGUUGUGGCGCAGCGCGAAAAAUUGCGCCUCGAGAGUUUCGGAUAGUGCUUUCGAAUGACACCGUUUUUCAAUUCGCAAAAUCCACUUUAGUUGGCGUGAAAAACGUAUUAAUUAUUACUACAUUGUUCACUGCAACCCCAUAAAAUAUAUCAACAACAUUGAA